AUGAACACGUUCCUUUGGAUCAGCAAAGACUCAACAUCGAAGUAUCUCUCCCACAGCUCUCGGUCGGAAGACACCAGGAUUCGUCACCAUGUACAACGUCAACGCAUCAAGCAACAUUUGGAGGGCCGCCUCAAGCCCCCUGCUAUUCGACCCACUUUGAUCGCUACGCUACUCAAGCCAGAAGAGAAGAGGAGUCUCGACUAUUUCGUUCGCCGAACUGGCCCGGACUGGUCAGGUUGGGAGGAUGGCGAUUUCUGGAACGUGUUGGCCUUACAGACGUCGCAGCAAGACAUAGCGAUUGCCCAUGGGUUGGUUGCAAUUGCCGCGUUGCACGAAAGCUCUUCGUCGCCUCCAGACACAGUUCACGCAAUUUGGUUGCGGCAUUUCGCUAUGUCACAGCAUGAUCUGGCGUUGAAAUGCUUGGGGUCCACGCCAAAUCUCAGCCAUCCGCUCAGCCUGAUGUCUUGUGUCAUACUCGCCAGCUUGGAGAGCUACGAAGGACGAUUUCGCUUGCUGCGCUCCGGUACAGCCAUCAUCGAUGAGGCUUCAAUGUCGGUCGGGUCAAGAUCACUGGCUUCUCUGCCCGACGCCAGCACACGAGUCAGUCGGGAAGUGGUCGCGCUCAUCAGCCGACUGCAGGGCAGACUUUGCAUGAUGGGAGACAUGCCUGCAGCCCUGGCUUGCUCUGCUCAUCAGCAUCGGUCACGUGGUCUGCCGCCUAGACAUGCCCCGGUCCCGCCAAUUUCUUUCUUGACGCUGAGAGCUGCUCGAGACUGUCUCGAAGCUAUCCUUGUCUGGGGCUCAGAGCACGUCAUCGAGGCUCACGAGACACCCGAGACAAGGAAUAACUUCAGUGCUCUACUUGGGGGCUAUCUAGAGCGGUGGGGAGGAGCUCUCAAUGCCAUGAAGCUCGUAAAUACAGUGGGAAACACAAAAGUUCUCCUGCAGAUUGCGGCGCUGAACGCAAUGGUGUUGCUUCUAACGUGUUGUUCGUCUGACGAGACCGUCUUCGACUCAUACAACACAGUCUUUCAGCAGAUCAUGGAUCUCGUGAUGCAGAUUUCUGUGUCUCACGCCUCGCAAGCACGGGUGUCUUUCGGCAUAGACGAUGGAUUGAUCGACAUGAUAGCCUUCGUCGGAUCCCGGUGUCGAGACUCCGACGUACGGCGAAGUGCGCUUCAUUGGCUCGAGGCAAGGCCUCGUGCCGAGGGCGAGCGUCUUAGUGGUGAGACGGCGCAGGUUGUCAGGGCUUGGAUUGAUCUCGAAGAACGCCAUAGAACGGCUGGUUCCGGCUUGCCUCCAGAGUCGCAAAGACGGAGGUUGCUCUCCGGCGAGAGAUACCACGACCAUGGUCUCAUAAAGCUAAUUUUCGUCUCCUAUCCUUACGAUGAUGUCUCCCGAGGCGCGACCGAUGAGCGAAUCGUCUUCUUCCACCCCGACCUCGGGAUCGGCGGCGCAGAACGCCUCAUCAUCGACGUCGCAGUCGGGCUGCAAGAACUAGGCCACAAAGUCACAAUCUUCACAUCGCAUUGCGACCCGACCCACUGCUUCGACGAAGCACGAGAUGGUACCCUCGACGUGCGUGUGCGCGGCAAUACCCUCCCUCCCACGAUAUUCAACCGAUUCCAUAUCCUCCUCGCGAUCCUCCGCCAAGUGCAUCUCGUCCUCGCGAUAGCGUUCUUCGGGCAUGAACUGCGUGACCUCAAGCCAGAUGUGUUCGUCGUGGACCAGUUGAGUGCGUGUGUGCCGUUGUUGAGGUGGAUCUGUCCUGAUCGGGUGCGGACGCUGUUCUACUGUCAUUUUCCCGAUCAGCUGCUAGCGGAUAGACGGGAAGGGGGACUAAGAGGUCUAGUCAAGAGGAUAUACCGGGUGCCUUUCGACUGGUUCGAGGGUUGGAGCACGGCGGCGAGUGAUGCGAUCGUGGUCAAUUCGAAGUUCACGAAGACAGUUGCGGAGAGGAUCAUACCUUCGCAAGAGCCGUUGACGGUGAUAUAUCCAUGUGUUGGCUCAGCGGACAUCGAUGAGAUGUUGGAUAAGCCGCUGUGGGAUGACAAGUUCAGGAUAUUGCUCAGCAUCAACCGAUUUGAGAGGAAGAAGGAUAUUGGGCUGGCUAUCAAAGCAUAUAUUGGGUUGAGCAAGUCCGAACGAGAAGGCACCAGGCUCGUUCUCGCAGGUGGCUACGACCACCGAGUGGCCGAGAACGUGCAAUACCACCAAGAGCUGGUCGACUACGCAGAACAACAAGGCCUGUCCACAGCAACAGCAAGGACAGUGCCCACGGCCCUCGGCAUCCCAGACAGCGUCGACGUCCUCUUCCUCCUCUCGGUUCCCAGCUCGUUCAAGGUGACUCUACUCCGCCAAGCGCGCCUACUACUCUACACACCCAUGAACGAACAUUUCGGCAUCGUGCCCGUCGAGGCCAUGCAGCAGGGCCUACCCGUUCUCGCGUCCAACACAGGAGGGCCACUCGAGACAGUCGUCGACGGCGAGACGGGCUGGCUGCGGGACGCGUCGAAGCCGGAGGAGUGGACUGCUGUCAUCCAGACGGCGCUGAGUUCAGACAAGGCUGCAUUACAGCGAAUCCAGAAAGCAGGCAAGAAGCGGGUAGCGGAGAAUUUCACGAGGCCGACCAUGGCGAAGAAGUUUGAGGAUGAGAUCACGAAGAUGUUGGGGAGUAAGAGGAGUGAGUUUGUGGAUUCGUAUCAGAUUUUGAUGGCGCUGGCGUUGGUCGGGGCAUUUGCUGCGGCGUUGAUAACGGUGGUGAUGGCGGCGGCCGUCAAUCGAGGUGGUGAUGGCAGGGCGACGGAGUUUGCGACGGCGAAGAGGAUGGGGCUGGAGAAGGAGUGGAAUCCUUUCCAGUUCGUGCCGGGCAUGUUAUGA